AUGUCAUCUGCACCAGAUUUGCAAAAUCUCAAAGUCCAUAAUGUGGGUGACGGGAAAGAUAUGAUUAGCGACUUACAUGGCGAUAUUCUGCACUAUAUUCUAUCUUUGCUCCCUACCAAAGAUGUUAUAAGAACUUCCGUAUUAGCAACAAAGUGGAGGUAUUUAUGGACUAACUUAUCCGUCUUUGACUUUGAAAUUGGUUAUGUUGUGUCAUAUGAUUCAAAGUCAAAGCCCGUGGAUUACCUCUUCGAUCAAGUGGACAAAUUACUUCACAAAUCUAAUUGUGUAGAAAGACUCUGCAUUAGUACACAAAGAGUUUUCGUCGGUGUAGGUAAAGUUAGUACUUUUAUAUCUUCUGUUGUGAAGCACAAAGUACAAGAUCUUAAAAUUUCCGUAGAAUAUCUAGAAGGUACGUAUGUGUUACCCAAUAGGUUCACAGCCUCAUAUGCAUUAAACAAGCUGCAUUUAGAAUUUCCUUGCACACUACAUAUUCCUAGUGGUAUUUGUUUUCCUGGUCUGAAAACAUUAGUAGUUUCAAAUGUUAUCUUUGGAAAUGAGAAGUCGGUUGAACGACUCUUCUUAGGGUGUCCUGUUCUACAAGAGUUGACCUUGGAUAAUUGUUAUUGGAUGAAUACAAGGGAUAUCCAUUUUGCAAUUUCUACAUUAAGGAAGUUGACCAUCUAUUCUGACCAUUGUUAUCUAGAUUAUAAUAAUCAUUCCGACAAAUGUACAAUCACAAUUGAUGUUGAGAAUCUUUUAUCUCUAUGUUGCACAAGCAAUCCAGAAGUAGAGUUUUUCCUUGUUAAACCAACCUCCAUAGUUGAUGCAUAUAUACAUCUUGGGUGUUUUAAUCCAAAAGAAACACAAGUUUCAGGUCAACGUGCAAUUGAGCUAUUGAGUGGACUUAGUAGUGUAAAAUCUCUCAAAUUAUCAGAGGAUUUUCUUCAGUGUCUUAAGUUUUCAGAGGAUACUAUUCAGCUUCUUCCUUCAUUUCAAAAUUUGACACUUCUGUUUCUGAGGGCUAACACUUUCACUAGUGAAGUAGUAAUGGACAUUCUCCUAAAGACUCCUAAUCUGAAAGCUCUUCAUUUUCACGUGGGAUCUGUGUCAUUCAUACAUCUUGAAGACGACUGGCCAUUACUUUCAGUGCCUUGCUGUUUCAAAUAUUCUCUCAAAUCAUUUUGCGUUUCAGAUUUUCGUGGACUUGAACAACAUAUCCAAUUUAUUAAUUUUGUUUUAAAAAAUGCCAAAGUUUUAGAAGAGAUCCGGAUAGUGUGUUCGAGUGAUAUAACAACUUAUCUCGAUAAUAUCAGAAGCCAGUUGCAAGCUGUAUGCCCCGAAAGCUGUCUCAUGACAUUUCAGUAG